CUCCGGGUGAGAUGAGCUUACAUGCCUCGCACCUUGUCUGCCACCGUGCGACCUACAGGCUAGAGCCCCAUUCGCACUUCCUAUCCUCUUAUCUUAGAUUCCCAACAUCUCAUCUCCUAUCUCUACACUGCCGCUUCAUCGUUCUCCAUGGCGUCGCACCUGGGAUAGAUUUCUUAUUGGAAUUCGAACCAGCAAGUGAUAUCCACAGUUUGAGCUCCACCUUCCUCAUGGCCGGCCUCUUAGCGGCCUCCUCAUCUAACGCCCUUCUACGUUGCAGAGCACCAACGCUCAUGUCCCCAACACCUGCCUUUCCGGCAUCUCUUCCAGGUCGAAUUCCAUGUUGGAGGAUCUCCCAGAUUGGAGCAAGGAGUGGUUCGAGAAGAGGAUUCCGCCGGCUCCAGGUUUCUUGUGUCGCCGUGCCUGAAGUGAGCUCCACUACAGAGGUCAGAAAAAUAGCAGCCAAGGAAGUCCAACGUCCGGUUUACCCCUUUGCUGCCAUUGUUGGCCAGGACGAGAUGAAACUAUGCCUCCUUCUUAACGUCAUCGACCCGAAGAUCGGUGGUGUCAUGAUAAUGGGAGAUCGAGGUACCGGCAAGUCAACCACGGUCCGUUCACUGGUAGACCUGCUGCCGGAGAUCAAGGUGGUCAUUGGGGAUCCGUUCAACUCUGAUCCAGACGAUCCAGAGUGCAUGGGGAUUGAGGUUAGGGAGCGUGUCACCCGGGGAGAGGAGCCUCCUGCAACAACCGCUAAGAUCACCAUGGUAGAUCUCCCACUUGGAGCCACUGAGGACCGAGUUUGUGGAACCAUUGAUAUCGAGAAGGCUCUCACUGAGGGUGUCAAGGCAUUCGAACCUGGACUCUUGGCCAAAGCGAAUAGGGGCAUUCUCUAUGUUGAUGAGGUCAAUCUUUUAGAUGAUCACUUGGUGGAUGUUCUUCUGGACUCUGCUGCUUCUGGUUGGAACACAGUGGAGAGAGAGGGGAUCUCCAUUUCUCAUCCUGCGCGCUUCAUUCUCAUCGGUUCGGGAAACCCUGAAGAAGGAGAGCUAAGGCCACAGCUUCUUGAUAGGUUUGGAAUGCAUGCUCAGGUUGGCACAGUGAGGGAUGCAGAGUUGAGGGUGAAGAUUGUGGAGGAGAGGGCUAGGUUUGACAUGGACCCCAAGGGGUUCAGGGAAUCCUAUAGAACAGAACAGGAGAAGCUGCAGCAGCAGAUUACUUCAGCUAGGAAUAAUUUGUCUUCAGUUCAGAUUGAUCAUGAUCUCCGGGUUAAGAUAUCCAAGGUGUGUGCAGAGCUAAAUGUGGAUGGUCUCAGAGGAGAUAUUGUAACAAAUAGAGCUGCAAAAGCAUUGGCAGCCUUGAAGGGGAGAGACAAAGUGACAGCAGAUGAUGUGGCUACUGUCAUACCAAAUUGCUUGAGGCACCGGCUCCGGAAGGAUCCUUUGGAGUCUAUAGACUCUGGACUACUUGUCAUUGAAAAGUUUUAUGAGGUGUUUAAUUAAGCUAUCUCUUAGAGGUAAGAUUGCAGUCCUUAGUAGGCAUCUCAGCUUAAACCAUUCUUCUCAGAUGAUGAUAUUUUGUUUUUGGCAUUGUUCUCAUCUCUGUUUUCUUUUAUUCUACCUUGUUUUAGUUCACUUUUUAGAAGAUUGUUAUAAUAUCUAAACCUAUUAAUGUUCCCCAACAGUCUGAAGUUCUAAGAAAAAUAUGCACAAAUCAAGGAUGAUUAGUGUUAAGGAAAUGCC